AUGAGUUUGGAUGCGAAUUUUUUGCGAUUAGUAGAAGUUCGACAGAAUGAUGAUCACACAAGUUCAUUGUGGACAAGAGGAAAACUUGAGUCUGGUUUACUGAUUGGUGUCCUUGAUAAGGAAGGAGAAAAUGAUGCCAAUGCACUACUGUUACUGAAUUUGAUCCGUCCAUUACCGAAUUCUGAAAGUAAUUACAACAUAGCUGUGCGAUCUGUUCACCAGAAAAUAUGCUUACAAACGUCUCGUAAAAUUGAAGUAAACGAACGUUUGGUAGCAGAUCGACGGAUCGAAAUUGAGCAACAUUUGCAUGAUAGUGAUAAUGAUGGUGAUGAAAAUGAUGAUAUGAUAGCCGAGAAUUGUUCACACAUACAGAGGCGUAACUCACGGAAAGCUAACACGUCGUCUAUAAUCUCAUUACCACCAUCACCAUCAUUAUCACCAUCAUCACCAUCACCAUCACCAUCAUCAACAUCGUCAUCAUCAUCAUCAGCCAGUACAUCCGGAACAACAAAAACAGCUAUAUCAUAUUCUGCUACAACUAUUACUUCUAGUAGCAUUGCUAAUAUCACUAGCAGUAGCAGCACUGCUGGACAAUUACUACGACAGCAAGGACAAUAUCCAGAAAGUGCUCAACAACAACAACAGUCGUCAUCAGCACAACAACACCAUCAAGCAACAGCGACAACAUAUCAGUGUCAACUUUGUCCAAAAAGCUUCUCCUCUGCAAGCGGUCUCAAACAACACAGUCAUAUUCACUGCAGUUCAAAACCAUUCCGGUGUCACGUUUGCGACAAAGCCUACACGCAAUUUUCCAAUCUUUGUCGUCACAAACGAAUACACCUGGAAGGAUGGCAAUGUCAGUAUUGUAGUGCAUCAUUAGCCAGUCAAUCAGCGCUUCUCAGGCACAGAUCCAUAUGUGAGCCACAGAUGACAGCACUUAGCGCCUUUUAUAAGCCUAUUGCGACGCAGCCUCCACUGCUCACAGUAUCAUCGCAUUAUUGGUCUCGAUUGUUGCAAAUCGCAUCCACUCAACAACAUCAACAUCAACAACAACAACAACAUCAACAACAACAACAACAACAUCAUCAACAACAACAACAGCAUUCUCAAGCAGUACCAACUACCAAUGCUAUAUUUCCAUGGAAAGAUGAUUAUCAUACAGUCAACAGCUCUGACGGUGAAAGUUCUCCUGGGAGCAGUGAGCAACCAUCAGAUCCAUCUCCGAUCAUACAAAAAUACAGUCCACAUGGCUCAAGUGAUGAUGGUUCACUGGGUGAUUUUGAAUUAACUCCUCUAGAUCUUUCUAUGAAAGCAUCCGGAACUGGGAUAGCAGUAGAAGCUGUUACUAUACCGCAACUUCAAGAAAAAAUUGCUGUAACAGAGCGAUCGAGCAAUGAACAAGACGAGAAAAAUGCAGAAAAUGAAAGUGAUGAAAUGGUUCCAGGAUCAGGAAACCGAAAAGAUGGUUCAGGAAUAGAGCAUGAGAAGCUGACUGCAACCAUGGAAUCAUCAAUACAACCACGGAAUCUUAGUAAAUUAGAUCUAACUCCAGCGGUAAAUCCUUUUUCUUCGACCGCUUUCAUGCAAAUGCUUCGUCGUCCAUUCACCUAUCCGAUUGUUCCCACACCUGCAACAGGUGUAGCAUCAUCUAAUCGACAGAAUCCCUACACACAUUCUUCACAUCAUUCAAUAUCAUCAGCUCCUAUGCUCUCAAAAAGUGCACGUGAUCGAUACACGUGCAAGUUUUGCGCCAAAGUUUUCCCACGCAGUGCAAAUUUAACACGACAUCUUCGAACCCAUACCGGUGAACAGCCUUACAAGUGUCAGUACUGCAACCGAUCAUUUUCAAUCAGUUCAAAUCUUCAGCGGCAUGUUCGUAACAUACAUAACAAGGAGAAACCAUUCAGAUGUGAUCGUUGUGAUCGUUGUUUUGGACAACAAACUAAUUUGGAUCGACACACUAAGAAGCAUGAAUCAAAUGGUGGUGCGUUGACUAUUGCUGCUGCUGGAGCUUUGACAGUUCGUCGAGAACCACUAACGACACCAAUAAGAACAGCUACCGUUGCAUUACCAUUCUCGGCUCAAAGUCUUUUUUCGCAUUUAACACCACCAGCGCAGCCCAUUUUUUAA